GGAAGGACACCCUCAACUUGCUCCCUUUCUUCGCAAUUCCCCCUUCUCUCCCUCUUAUAUCUCAGCGAUCCUCCUCCUUGUCAAGUACACACUCAUUGCUGGCUUCGUUGGGUAUAUCCUGCACUGGUUCACCUUCCUCUUUCUCCCUCCCUCAUCCCCAUUAUGUCUGCCUCUUGUUCAGCGUUGAGACGGCUGACCCACAGGUCUCCUCCCCGCACUUGGCUCUCCUCUUCCCGCAUCGUCUCCCGCAACAGACCUGCCUCCUCCAGUGUUUCCCAUAUCACCGCCAGAACGCAUCCGUCGACGAUUCCUCGUGUCUCCCAGUUCUCAACCAUGGCAUCUCUACAGCAAGCUCCCCCGACGAUUCCCACCGACCGGCCUUAUGACCCUGAAAUUCAGGAGUUGAGUGACUAUAUCCACAACUACAAGGUGGACUCGGAUUUGGCGUAUGACACCGCCCGUCUCGUCUUCCUCGAUACUCUGGGAUGUGGUCUGGAAGCUUUGAAGUUCAAGGAAUGUACCAAGUUGCUGGGUCCCGUGGUCGAGGGGACCAUCGUGCCCAACGGGACCCGCGUCCCCGGCACUCCUUACCAGCUUGACCCGGUCAACGGUGCCUUCAACAUCGGUGCGAUCAUCCGCUGGCUCGACUACAAUGAUUGCUGGCUGGCUGCGGAAUGGGGCCACCCCUCCGACAACCUGGGCGGUAUCCUGGCGGUCGCAGACUGGAUCUCCCGCACGAACCGGGCCGGCGGCAACCUUGCCAAUGGCAAGAUCCUCAAGGUCAAGGAUGUGUUGGAGGCGAUGAUCAAGGCCCACGAGAUCCAGGGUGUGCUGGCACUGGAGAACUCUUUCAACAAAGUCGGCCUGGAUCACGUUGUGCUGGUCAAGGUUGCGACCACGGCUGUUGUUGCCAAGAUGCUGGGCUUGAACGAACAGAAGACUGCCGACGCCAUCACUCAGGCCUUUGUAGACGGCCAGUCGCUUCGCACGUACAGACAUUCGCCCAACACCAUGUCGCGCAAGUCCUGGGCGGCGGGUGAUGCCUGCCAGCGGGCGGUGAACUUGGUGCUCAAGGUGCAGAAGGGUGAGGGUGGCUUGAAGACCGUGCUGUCUGCCCCUGUGUGGGGUUUCUAUGACGUCUUGUUCAAGAGCAAGAAAUUCCAGUUCCAGCGUCCUUACGGCAGCUAUGUCAUGGAGAAUGUUCUGUUUAAGGUGUCCUAUCCCGCCGAGUUUCACUCGCAGACCGCGAUCGAGGCUGCGGAGAUUGUGAACGCGAAGCUCAAGGCUUUGGGCAAGAGCGCCAAGGACAUCAAGGAGAUUGUUAACCGCACGCAUGAGGCUUGUGUGCGCAUUAUCGACAAGCAGUUCAAGGCGAUGGACAACUUCGCCGACCGCGAUCACUGUGUUCAGUACAUGGUUUCGACCAUGUUGGUCUUCAACCGCCUGACGGCCAACGACUAUGCGGACGGGUCCGAGGCCGCUACUUCGCCGCUGGUGGAGGAUCUGCGCAAGCGCAUUCGCUGUGUCGAGGACCCGCAGUUCACCACGGACUACCAUGACCCGUCCAAGCGGACCAUCCCCAACGCCCUGACUGUCACCUUGCACGACGGGACCGUCUUGGACGAGGUCGUGGUCGAGGCGCCCCUGGGCCACCGCCUGCGUCGUGAAGAGGCCAAGCCGGAGAUUUUGGCCAAGUACAAGCGCCACUUGCAGGCCCACUUUGACCAGGCUCGCAUCGACGAGCUUAUCAAGGUCGGCCUGGACCAGGCUGCCCUGGAGAACUACGAUGUGGACAAGUACGUCGAUCUGUAUGUCAAAGAUCAGAUGGUGGCUGCGCACUAGAUAGCAUGAUGUAGCGGUAGCCUCGAUUUCAAUGAAACAAGUUUACUUGAACCCGUCGAUACCACGUAGGGUGAGAUACCGCAUCGUCUGCGAUUUGAGCUGUACUAGAGCCACCUGCCAAGAGCACAACAACGCUCCAAGACCUCCGAGAUAAUCCGCAUCGAGCUGAUGGGUCAAGCAGUAUACCCUCCACCAUGAUCAUAACCCAGAUAGCACAGGCAUCAAAUCCCCUAUACUUAGUCCUAUGAUUGGCGAGCCC